AUAUUACACAAUGUGUUUCCGCUUCCGCUCUCAGCGUGCAUUAAGCUAAGUUAGCAUACAUGUUUUGAUUAUUUUAGUUAUGUGGGGUUUUGUUUGUAGAAAAAAACAAACCCACAAAUGAAUAAUUUUACAUGGCUACGGAAGACUGUAAAUAUCCAUUAAGCGUCCUUACCGGGAACUCGUGAGCGACAACUAGCUAAACAACACCUUGUAACGUUCGCUAGCUAGAGUUAGCUAGCUUGCUCGCAGCCUGCAGCUACUUCUGCCAUAACAACAACGUUGUUUUAGCUUUUUGAAAAGCGGGUGCGGUGCUCCCAGCCUAGGCACCAUGGCUAAUCUAGAGCAGUGGGUGAAUGACCGUCUCCAUGACAUCCUCGGGUUGAGUGACAGAUAUGUGUCUCAAUUCAUGAUCGGCACUGCACGGAAAGCGUCGAGUCCUCAAGACUUUGUGACUCGCCUCGAGCAGACGGGCACGAUUGACAUCGAACCGAGUGUGGUUGCCUUUGCGCAGGAGCUCUUUGACAAGAUUCCCCGCAAACAGGUUGUUGAGAAACCAGCCCGUGCGAUGGAACGGGAAGCCAUUGAAAUGGACAGGAAGAAUCGCACGUACACAUUACUGGAGGACAGUGACAGUGAUGGAGACGCUGUGAUAGAGAAGCAGAAGGGGAAAAAGAAAAGCAAGGACAAAGAUAGAGGAAACAGGAGGAAGCACAUCAGGCAGAAGAAAGAGAGUGAGUCGUCAAGUGAGGAUGAAGCAUCUAAAAGGGCCAGUUCAGGCCUAGGGGACCACAAGUCUCUCAAUAAGGAAGAUGAAGAGGAAGAGUGGGAGAAGGAAGAGCGAGAGCGACAGCAUGACAUUGAAGAGAGAGAUGCGUUUGCUGAGCGAGUGAAACAGAAAGACAAGGACAAGACCCGCAACAUAACAGAGAGGACUGACAAAAAGGCUUAUGAGGAAGCUCAGAAGAGGCUGAAGAUGGCUGAAGAUGAUCAGAACAAUAUGUUGCCAGAGUUGAGGAAGCGCUCUCGCUGGGAUUAUCUAAAGAAGAGAGAGGCAGAGAAGCUGGAGGACCUGGAGGCAGAGAUCAAAGACGAUGAGUACCUUUUCCAUACAGAUGAGCUGACUGAGAGGGAGAGAAAGGAGUUGGAAUACAAACGCACUCUUCGUGACCUGGCUAAAGAUUACAAAAAAGCUGGUGCCAAGGAACAGGAAGAGAGGAAGAACAGAUACUAUAUGCCAGAAGAGAAGAGAACCAAGGAGAUGCCGCAGAGGGACCUGGAGCUGGAGGAAACUCCCAUGGAGCUGGGAGGAGAGCAAGGCCGCUGGGAGGAGGAGAGGCUGAAGACAGCCUCCCUCAGCUUUGGCGCCAAGAGGGAGCGAGAGCAAGGGAUGAGGCAAGAGCAGGAGAAGUACCAGCUGAUCCUAGAGGAGGAAGAGAUGAUCGACUUUGUCAGCAGUGCCAUAACCAUGAAGGGAACUCGGACGGAAGAGGAGCAACAGGUCCUGGCUCUGUCCCAGGCGGAGAUGAAGAAACAGUCCAUGCAGGAGGUCCGACGCAGUCUGCCCAUCUUCCCCUACAGAGAAGACCUGCUAGCUGCCAUCCACGAGCACCAGAUCCUGGUCAUUGAGGGGGAAACGGGCUCUGGAAAGACCACCCAGAUCCCGCAGUACCUCCUGGAAGACGGCUACACCCAAGGAGGCAUGAAGAUCGGAUGUACACAACCUCGCAGAGUGGCAGCCAUGUCAGUGGCAUCCAGAGUGGCACAGGAAAUGAAUGUCAAGCUUGGGAAUGAGGUGGGUUAUAGUAUUCGUUUUGAGGACUGCACGUCAGAGAGAACAGUGCUUAAGUACAUGACAGACGGCAUGCUGCUCCGAGAGUUUCUCACCGAGCCCGACCUGGCCAGCUACAGUGUAAUCAUCAUAGAUGAAGCCCACGAGCGAACACUCCACACAGACAUCCUCUUUGGUCUGAUUAAAGACAUCGCCAGAUUCCGAUCCGACCUGAAGGUGCUGGUGGCCAGCGCCACUCUGGAUACUGAGCGCUUCUCCUGUUUCUUUGACGACGCACCAGUCUUUAGAAUCCCUGGCAGGAGGUUCCCCGUUGAUAUAUUCUACACUAAAGCUCCAGAAGCCGACUACCUGGAAGCCUGCGUGGUGUCGGUGCUACAGAUCCACGUCACCCAGUCUCCUGGAGACAUUCUGGUCUUCCUCACUGGACAGGAGGAGAUCGAAGCAUGUUGCGAGCUGCUCCAGGAUAGGUGCAGGCGACUUGGAUCUAAGAUAGCAGAGCUGCUGGUUCUUCCCAUCUACGCCAACCUGCCAUCAGACAUGCAGGCGAAGAUCUUCAACCCUACUCCACCUGGAGCCCGUAAGGUGGUGGUCGCUACCAAUAUAGCAGAAACCUCGCUGACCAUAGAUGGCAUCAUCUACGUCAUUGACCCAGGCUUCUGCAAACAAAAGAGUUACAACGCUCGCACCGGCAUGGAGUCUCUCAUUGUCACUCCGUGUUCCCGGGCUUCAGCCAACCAAAGAGCAGGCCGUGCAGGCAGAGUGGCUGCUGGGAAAUGUUUCAGGCUUUACACAGCCUGGGCCUUUAAACAUGAGAUGGAAGAAUCGACUGUGCCCGAGAUUCAGAGGACCAACUUGGGAAAUGUAGUCCUGCUGCUGAAGAGUCUAGGUAUCAAUGACCUCAUUCACUUUGACUUCAUGGACCCACCUCCACAUGAGACUCUGGUCUUAGCGCUGGAGCAGCUCUACGCUCUGGGAGCACUCAACCACCUGGGAGAGCUCACCAAGCUGGGUCGCAGGAUGGCUGAGCUACCCGUGGACCCCAUGUUGAGCAAAAUGAUCCUGGCCUCCGAGCAGUACAAGUGUUCAGAGGAAGUGUUGACAAUUGCGGCCAUGCUGUCGGUGAACAACUCUAUUUUUUACCGGCCCAAAGACAAGGUGGUGCAUGCUGACAACGCCAGGAUGAACUUUGUGGUGCCAGGAGGAGACCACCUGGUGCUGCUCAACGUGUACACACAGUGGUUGGAGAGUGGUUACUCUACACAGUGGUGCUACGAGAACUUCAUCCAGUUCCGCUCCAUGAGAAGAGCCCGGGAUGUCAGGGAUCAGCUGGAGGGUCUGAUGGAUCGUAUUGAGGUGGAGGUGGUCAGCUCCCAGGGAGACAGCUUACCCAUUCGCAAGUCGGUGACGGCAGGAUAUUUCUAUCACACGGCGCGACUGAGCAAAGGCGGCUACAAGACGGUGAAGCACCAGCAGACGGUCUACGUCCACCCCAACAGCUCUCUGUUCGAGGAGCAGCCCCGCUGGCUCAUCUACCAUGAGCUGGUCUUCACCACCAAGGAGUUCAUGAGACAGGUUAUUGAGAUAGACAGCGGCUGGCUGCUUGAAGUUGCUCCUCACUACUACAAAAGCAAAGAACUGGAGGACAGCAGCAGCAAGAAGAUGCCCCGCAAGCAAGGAAAAACAAAAGAGGAGCUGGGCUGAAGAAAAGGCACUUGCUCAGGGGACCAAUGGUGGAAAUAAAAAGUGCUGGGGCACACUCCCUUCCUCUCUCAGGGCAGGUUAAAAGUAGAAAAAUGUCGUUGAUUGUAACAAAAUAAAGAGGUAAAGUGUGGAAAAGGCCGUUGCAGCUAUAUGGUUCUAACCUGUCUUCACGUGUUUGUUUUCUGCUGUAGCCUGAUAUGGCAUUUUGGAUCAAAUUCAACUGCAUAAACUAACCUGAACACAGACUCGAAAGACGGGACCUGUGAGAAGUGGGGGGAAAACUCACCAACAGGUAUCUUGAACCAGCUGCUUUAGCUGCACCACAACAAGGAAACAUUCAUGCACUUGGAUCUGAGUUUCCUGCAUUACAAACAUAUAUAACAGCAGUACUGACUCACUGGGUGGGUUCUUCAACUCCUUUAAAAAGACUGUUGCUUUGUUUUCUUGGUGCUUUUGAAACCACCAUACUCUUUGUUGACUUUUUUUAUUUUUUUAUUUUUUUUAUUGUGUAUUUGUGAAAGAGGCACACAGUUAAAGUGGGCAAGUUACUGAAGAGCCUCUAUGAAGCUGAAAAGACUAAUUUCUACAGCAAUAAAGUUUUAAAACCA